GUGUAGUGGAGAUAGCCGUGUCCAGUCUGCUUAUAUAUAUUUAUUCUAUAUUAUAUAGGUCUGUGAUCUAGAUUUCUUGCACUGGAGAUAGACUUAAUCUAUCUCAAGGCUCGGCCUGUCUAGAUUACUACUACUACUAGAUCUAGUGAUGAUUCUAGUCUAGACUAGAUCUAUUUAAAUAAACAUAGAUCUACAUCUAGAGCUAGAUUAGUAGAUAGAUCUAUCAAUCUAUUCUAGGUCCAAUCUAGGACUAAAAGAUAAAGUCGCUAUAUCUAUAUAUAUAAGAUAGAUCUAUUAUACUACAGCUACAGAGUCAACUUUAGACGUCACUUUAGUAGAUCUCAUCAUUCUAUUUCUAGACUUAGACUCGUCUCUAGUCUAGAGUCUAGUCAGAAUCUAGUCACUCGACUCACCGUGGACGUGUAGUUUUGUAGUGAAUAAGUUAGUAAGACGACUAGACUAAUAGUAAUAAUAAUACUAAUAGUAGUAAUAGUCGGGCUAACAGUAAGACCAACACUCACACUGGCAACACUCAACACUCAAUCAAUUGUGAAUCAACACCAAGUCGUCCAAGUCCAAGUGAAGUUUUGAAACAUCAAUCUUAAGAACCAAAGGGCAUCAACUAUGAGUAAGGACAAACAAGUCAUCGUAGAAAUAGAUUUGAAUGAGAUAAGGAGCACAAGUACUGCUGUCAAAGGGACAGUAGCGGCUGUGUUCUAUGGAGUAUGCUCAGUGUCUUCAGCUUUUGUUACAAAAAUUGUGAUGGAUACCUUAGAGUUUGAUUUUCCUGUGUCUAUCAUGGUGGCACAAAUGAUAUUUACCAUAGCAACCUUAGAAAUCUUGUGCUUCUUCCAAUUUAUUAAUUUACCAGCCUACACUUUGAAACGAGGAAUGUCUUUCGCAGCUCCAGCGUUCUUCUAUGGAACCAAUUCUGUGUUGGCACUGACAGCACUAUCUCACAUGAACAUAGCAAUGUAUGGUGUUUUAAAACGAUGUGUGCCCUUAUCAACUAUGUUACUUUCAUUAGUUAUACUAAAAACUGGCUUACCAAGCAAAGUUACAAUGUAUUCAGUUGUAGUACUGACCGUGGGUUGUGUUAUUGCUGGUUUUGGUGACCUUGGCUUCAAUUUGACUGCAUAUAUUUGUGGAAUAGGAAGUAACUUUAUGCAAGCUUUGUAUUUAUUACUGGUCCAGAAGUACUCGGAACAACAUUUAUCUGUUACUGAAACUUUACAGUUAAAUAGCUUCAAUACCUUGCCAUUGCUCUUGUUGGCUGCCCUUGUCAAUGGAGAGCUGGUGGCCAUCUUAGAAUACCCUCAUCUCACCGAGCCAUUUUUCAUCUUUAUGUUUCUACUGUCCAUCAGUGUGGGCAUGCUACUGAACUACUCCUUGUUCCUUUGCACUAGUUUGACCAGUGCACUCACCACCAGUGUGGUGGGUGGCCUGAAAGCCUUGGCCCAGACAUUGAUUGGUCUGUUUACAUUUGGUGGCGUGUCGCACAACUUGGCCACUUACAUUGGAAUAAGUAUGAACUUAAUUGGGGGCAUUGCUUACAUCUGGGCACGCUACGCUGAAAGUAAAUCUCGACCCAGUCUCAAACAGGUUAUUAGCUUGUCUCAUCUGAACAGCAAAGAUUCUACACACGGUGAAUGUAUGAAUGGUACCCUUCAUGAUACCAUUCUUUCGCCUAAAGCAAAUCAGAAUAGUCAUAUCAGUUGAUAUCAGCCAUUAAGUAUAGUUCUUUUUAGAAAUGUUAUGGAUCAUUCUUUUAGCUGUUUUGUCUUUUUAUGAUUUGAAGGGUGUGAAAAAUGAAUUUUGUUUUAUUAUACAUUUGUAUUUACAGUUUUUUGGUUUCUGAAAAUGUAAAUACUUGGUACAUUAUGGUUUAUACAUGUCAGCGGUAUAUAAAUACAUAUGUGUAAAAAAGCUUGUUUGGAUAAAAAAACUAGUCUAAAUUAAUGUCUAUUAGUAAAUAAUUCAUACUUUGUAACCAAGUUAGAUUAUUGCUUAAAGCAGCCCCCUGAAAAGCCCAGUAUAAAAUUUUUAGAACAUACCACAUUCUGAUGAGGUUAAUUUUUAUUAAGGUUCCGCUGUGUUAAGUUAAAAUAUUAUUACAUUUAAUUGCAUGAAAUCCAGUUGCAUAAUUUGUUAUAAUAUUGUUGUCUAAUCUCAGCCAUUGGAUUUUUUUUAUACACAUAUUACUUUUAUAUGAGUUCCACUUUGUACAUUUUAACCUGUACUGCAUAUAUAUUACUGUACACAUAAUGUGAACUUUUGCUUUUGGUCUCAACUCCUGGUGCUCUAAAUGUAAUGGGUGGGACCAAGGACUUUUACUUGCCAUAACAUAUUACUUUGGAAUAAUGUGCCAAUAAACUGCUGCUUGUACCGUACAAAAAGUUUGUAAUAUUUUAAAAACUUAUGACAAGAUAAUAGCUUGGGUGUGUGGCAUCUUGAUGGAUGCUUAUUUUGUUUUUGCAAAUUUUUAAUUUAACAUAAAAUUGUACAGAUUACGACACCUGUAAUGGGAAAAUGGAUCCUGAAAUAAAAUACCCAAUUAUAAUAAAAUGUUGGCAUCGUGUGGGAAUUGAGUGUGAUGAACAAAAUUUUGUUUUCAUUCUUUUCAAGUUUAGACUUGAAUGUAAAUAUUAAUCAGAUAACUUUACUACUACUGUUUUAUUCACUAUAAACCUAUAUAUCAAAUAUUUAUGAUUUGUUACUACAUUCAUUGUCUAUUUAUUUGUCACGCUCUCCACAUUCCUUUAUCUCAGCAGCACAUAAUUGGAUAGAAGAAUAAAUUAUUACCCUGAUUGGGGAGUUUUCAAUUUCUUUUUUAAAAUGAUUCAUAUCAUUAACAUAGAUCAAAGCUGGAUUUGCUAAAAUAGUGACAGUGGUGAACUUUUUGUUUUAAUCAGGAAAAAAAUCUGGUUCAUCAAAAAAGUGUUAAAAUACCAAUAUAUCUUCAACUCAACAAGAUGUGAGUUGUGCAUUUUUUAGCACUUAGUUCUUCAUAUUAUGCUAAUGUAACUCACAAUAGACAUUGGUAUAUUCUAUCAUUAUGAUCAUUGAAGUUUGGAUUUGGUUUUCAGUAGCCUAACUUUGAGAAAAAUGUCAGUAUGUCUUUUUUUUUUUUUUUUUGUUGUUUUUUUUUUUGUGUGUGUUUGGCUCAAGUUUAUUUUUAAAACAUUUAGAAACCUAUAUUUUAAGGUGACAUUUUGAAAAUCUGGCUUAGAACAAAACAAUAAUUAAGAAAUUCGUUUUUUAACCUUAAUAAGUCGUGUUAUAUCCUCUAUUUUUUUUUUCAUAAUGAAACUUUUCUCGAAGAAGAGUUCAAGUUUUUAAUUUCCCAAUGGCUCACUACUGCAACAUUCCAUGGCAGUUGUUUGAAUACAAAUAACUUUUGCUGUAAUAUUUACAGUUAUGAAAACUGAUUCAACAUAAAAUAAUUUAUGUUUCCAUGUUUUUCUGUGAUAUACUUUACACUUAUAAAUAAUGACGCGUACAUAUUUAUAAAAAGUAUGUUUGAAGGUUCUUCACAGUGUGUAAAAUGCUUGUUUAAUGAGUGUUUUGUUAAUUACAUUUCUUGGUUUAUAUUGAAACCUCUUAAAUGACAAUGUAGUACAUUUCUAGUUAUUUUAUUAUUGUCUUGACAUCUCUAGUACUCAGGACAUAGUAAGUAAUGGAUUGCAUUAAUACAUAACAUGAUAGGUUGAUUUCUCAGUAGAGAUAAUGUGUAGAACUUGUUUGACUAUUUCUAACUUACAUGCUAAUUGUAAAUAUUUUGCCUUUUAUGUUAAUUUUGCCUAUUUGUGUGUACCAGUGUAAUAGUUACCUCUGUUUUAACAUAAUCAUUAAUCAAUAUGUUGGAGAAAAGCUGAGGACUAAAUGGGGGUCAGCACCUGUGCCUUUUGUUUAAAUUUUCAAUAAUUUGUGAUAUGUGGACAAUUUUUGUACACUGCAGGCGUAUUAUAAUUUACUGAAAAAUUCAUUCAUAAACAUUUCAUUUUUUAAAAUGUUACACAAGCAAUAGAGUAUUUCAGAAUGUUAUCUUAAAAUAUACUGAUGUUACUUGUCAAGAGAUUAUUAGUCCUAUAAAUGUGUUUAACUGAUUAGGGGGAGGGGUUGAAGUCAAUGUGAUAAAUCUGUUCUUUCAUGUUUAGAGAUUGAAAUAUUACAGGUAUUAUGUCAUUGGUUUUCCUUUCUAAUUUAGCUUAACCCCCUUUUUUUGUUGAAAUUGAACAUGAAAAAAAAAUUUUUUGCCAUUUUGCUUAUUUAUCUUUUUUUUUUUUUUACUAAUACCGGUAUUAAUAUAUUCAAACAUGAUUGUUUUUUUUUUUAAGUUAAUAGCAUCUUUUUAUGUUGAGUGGAGUGAUCCCAAAGAGAAAUCCUUUGGUUUUAGAUUAAUAGCUAUAUUUUAUGUCUACAAAAAUUUUUUUUACUUCAACUUAGAUUCUUUAAUUACCAGUACCUAAAUAUGAGAUUCAUAAGCAAAGAUUUAUCCUCAAUAAGGUUACUCUGUUAGUAAUUGGAAAUUAUUUUGAAAUGUUUUCACAUGCUCCAAUGAGAUUUCCAUUUCGGUAACCCAUGUAAUUUUUUUUAUUCUCCUUGUGUUAUUUUCUUUCCAAAAUUGUUCUAAUGUGUAAUGUGAUUGUGUGGACAUGUUGAAGGCUUUCUUAUUCCAUUAGCUAGUAACAACCUAUAUACUUUUUUGUGUUUUUUUUGAGUAAUUUUAAUGAUAAUAAAUUGAGAUAUAAAUUGUGUGCCACAACUAAAUCACCUUGUAAAGUGACUUCACUAGCAAUAGAUAUCAUAAAACAGUCCAUCCUUAUUAGUAAUAGUUGUACUACAAUUAUCUGUACUAUUAAUGUAGAGCAGCAUUUUAUUAUUCUGGAGACUAUGAAUUAUAGAAAUAAUGAUGUUAACCAUUUGAUGAAGUUGGUGGCGUCGUACAAUUAAAUAAUCAUUAUUUUGAGAAAAGCAUUUUGAAGAUGUUCCAGAGUGAAGCCACUGAAAUGAUCUUCCACUCUCUGGCUGUUUAUGUCCAUCCUAAACCUUACCAUCUAGUUUUCAAUGACCGCUCAUAACCAUUCAAAUGUCUACAAUAAUUUUAUUUUAUUGAAAAGCAUUAUGGGCUGACAGUGAUGACAAUUAUGAAGAUACUUAAAGGGAGGAAACUCCAAAGAUCAAUUUGUACAAUGAUGAAAUGUAGAUAGUGUAUUGAUCUUAUGCACUUGCAAAGCAAGCUUUGGGGG